ACUAUCUAUACAAAUUCUUAAUAAACAAAAGGUGAGGACACCAUUGUAGUCUCAAGUAGAAGCUGACACAUGGUUUCACAGCAUAUUUACAAGUGAGGUCUUCGUUACGUUGAUGGAGUGUAAUACCCAACUGCUUUGCAAAAAAUAUGUUGAACAAUCGAUCGGUACUUUCUGGUAUUCUGAUAGCUAUAAAUACAUAUCCGCAAUUGCUUUUAAGCAUCAAUCUACAAGCAAAGAGAUAUACAGGGAAAGGAAAACAGAGAGAAAAUGACUAGCUUAUUUUCAAAAGGGUCUGUUCUAGUCAUUCUCCUUUUAGCAAUUUGCUUGGUUAGUGCAGCUCAGCAAUGUCGCCCAAGUGGAAGAAUCAGAGGAAGGAAACCACCACCUGGACAAUGUAACCAGGAGGAUGACUCUGACUGCUGUAAAGCUGGAAAAAUGUACCCAACCUACACUUGCUCGCCACCCAUGUCUGGUAACACCCAGGCAUACCUCACUCUCAACAGCUUUGAGGCAGGUGGUGACGGAGGAGGCCCAUCCGAAUGUGACAGCAAGUAUCACAAUGACAAUACUCCAGUUGUUGCAUUAUCCACCGGAUGGUACAACGGUGGAUCAAGGUGCCUUAACAACAUCAGCAUUAGUGGUAAUGGGCGUAGCGUGGUGGCCAUGGUGGUGGAUGAGUGUGACUCUACUGAGGGAUGUGAUGCUGACCAUGAUUAUCAGCCUCCUUGUCCCAACAACAUUGUUGAUGCCUCCAAGGCUGUCUGGAAAGCCUUGGGUGUAUCUAAGGACAAUUGGGGCGGCUUGGAUAUCACAUGGUCCGAUGCUUAG